AUGCCCAAGGUCUAUAGCAAGCUGCAGGACGUCGUCCGCGCCGGCGGCAGCGGCGAGCGCCGCCUCUUCACGGCGACGCUGCUCAAGGUCAUCACGCACCGCGAGAUCGUGGCCUUCCUCUCGCCACCGGAGAUGGAAAACACAUGCGUCAUGCAUUUGUUUCGGGCGCUCACGACGGCACCUCGGCCUGUCCUCGACACGCCCGACGACUCGUCGGCGCAGCGCGCGAUCAAGGCCGAGUGCCGGACGAUGCUUGCGCACGCUGCAUCCAAGCCGACGUCGCUGGUCGUGGAAGAGUACGGCGUGGACCACAUUGGCCGCUUGUAUGACGCCGACAACAUGUACGCCGCAACGCACGACGUGCUCAUGGUCUACGUCCCGCUGGGCCGUGACUUUGCCGCCCAUGUCAUCAACCUCGAGCAUUUCGAGACGCUCCAUAACGUCCAACGAGGCUACGUGCUCUCGAACCGACAGAUCAGCACAGCGUCGCCAUGCCCGGUGCAUUGCCAUCUCGUUGGCGCUGAUCACUUUGCCGUCCUUCUGGAGCCGUACUAUGACGACGUCGCAGCGCUCACGACCAAGCUGCGCGACGCCGUUGGUUGCAUUGAGACAGCGUGGACGUACCCGAGCGCCGAGCACCUCUUCAAGACCCAUGUUGGCAUGGCCAGAGUCCGGGCGCUCUUCAAGUUUGUGACCAAGACCGACGCGGCGUCGGCCUGUCUGCCACUCCGCCUCGAUCCCAAGUCGCCGAGCCCGAACGACACCCGCAGGCCGCUGGAAAGUCCCGACAAGAAGCCGGCGCCACGACGCCUUAGCCUUGAGCGCGACAUUGUGGCUGAGAACGCGCGACUGGCCAAGGAGGUCGACCGUCUCUCGGAAGAGCUGGCUCUCAGCCACCGCGACAACGACGGUUUGGUGGAGCAAGUCGACUAUUUGGCGGCAGAGCUGACGGCCCGCGACGAUUUGAUUUACCGUCUCUCGGACGCCAGCGACGCCGAGGCCAAGGCUUUCGGUCAGAUGUGGUCGCUGUGGAAUGGCACCUUGCCCUACAGCGACACGACGUACGUUGCGGCGGUCGAAAGCGCGACCACGGUCAUCCAGCGCAAGUACGCAGAGGUGCUUCAUGAGCUGACGACAGCACUCGUCACGAUGGCCAACAUGGAGUCGGAGCUCCAGUGCUUUCGAUCGCAGGCCGCGCUCUUGGAGCCACCGCCGACGCCGCUCGUCUACUUUGGUCGACCCGCCAUGGACGCCGUGCGCUCGCCUCGUCCCUACGACUCGCCCCGCGACACCAUGACGCCGUACAUGUACUAUUCUCCUCAGUAG